GAGGAAGUGUAGGGUCUCCCGCGUGGCCAGGGGCGCGAGUGAAGUCCCCCAAAAUAUGAAGAAUCCUGAGCAAACAGCAAGGAAAAGGAACAAAGCCAAAGAUCCUAAUUGUGGCCAGGUUGUUAUAAUUGAAAGCCCCAGAGGACGCUAUUCAGAUAUCGCCAAAAAAGCCAAGCGAAAAAAAUUAAAAUGCUUGGUAAAAGAAAUCGGCUCAGAACGGCCAGAUCCAAAGAAGAAACAGAGAGACUCCGAAUCAAAGAAAGACGUCCGUGCAAGCUCUCCCGUGGUUAUAGAAAGCGGCUCGGAUUCAGAACUGUUAAGAGACGCCAAGAAAAGAAAUAAGGUGUUCAAAAAAGAGAAAGACCAAAAGCCUUUCUGUACACAAUUCCAAAACUCUGAGGGUGUGGAUGAAGGGCAGCCUGGCAUUCAUGUUCACCUGAGCAAGAAAUGCAGCAAGAGUAUUCGUGAAGUUGACAGGCAGGAUGAAGAAUCGACGACGAAAAGGAAAAAGAAGAAAAAAGAAAAACGAAAAGACAAACCUACCGGCCAUUUUUCACAUAGCAGGGACAGUGAAGUGUCCGUGAAACAGAUUUCAGGAGAACUGAAACCCAGUUGCCAAGAAAUGCUCUCCAGUCAGAAAAAGAGUAGGACCCUUGGUCAGAAAGUUGUGGGUGAAAAAGUCAAGAAGAAACACCUUGACUACUACAGGGACGAUCAAGAAAACAGCAACAGCAUUUCAAAAAAAGACGUGGCCCAAAAUAGGGGUACUGAUAUGCAACGACAGGAAGAUUUGGCCCGUAGACUGGAAAAAGACGGCGAAGCCACCAAGAAGAAGGAGAAGAAGCUGAAGAAAAUAGGUAUUGUUUCUCUUGCCUCCUUAGCCAGGAUCCAGGAAAACUGCUGCAAUAUUCUGAGUGAAUAUAGCCUAAAAUGCAGCUCUAAGAAAGGGGUGGGGGUCUGCGAGGCCCCUAAAGAAGUUAAUAAAGCAGCCAAGAAAGAGGCGAAGAGAGAAACUGGAGGUGGAAGCCAUUUUGCAGAAACUGGCCAAGAUAUCUUAGCGAAGGAGAAGACAAAGAAAGCGAAGAAGCACAAAGUGGAACGAGAUGGCGUGCUGAGGGGUGACCGUGACGGAUUUGAGGGCAGCCAAGAACAGAUCAAGAAAAAGAAGAAAAACAAGAAAAUUAAAAACUCUCAUGAUAGCAAGAAGAAAAAACAGGAGGCGGAAGACGAAGUGAAGCUGGUGGCAUUCAGACAAGGAAACUGUGAUGAAGUGAAGAUAGACAAGGUGAGACGGCAAGCGCUUCAAGAAGAGAUCGACCGGGAAUCUGGCAAAACCAAAACUGCCAAGGAAGAAUUGGACAAUCGUUUGGGCCAGUGGAGCACGGCGGCAUUUGAAGCUCCGGAACAAAAGACGAAAUUUCACAGACUGCUGGGAGGGUUGAAAAAAGGCUUAGCCCCAGCUCAGCGUUCUCCAGCAAACGCUAACCAAUCAAAUAUGGCUCUGGACCGGCCCAGAGAGCAAGUACUGCAACAAAACCUAGAAGCAGAAUUCAAGAAAGCUGUGGAGUUUAAGCACCAUCGAGGAAUCGGCUUAGGCUUCCGGUCCGGUGCUCCAAGCGGUUUACACAUAGACAAAUACGCCUCCAAAUCCAUUAAAUUCGAAGACUUGACAUGUCAGGAAGGGAAGGAUAAAUUGCCCAAACAGGCUGAUUAUUUUUUUUAAUCUACAACAAAGAAAAGGACUCUGGACUUUUAACUGAGGUGCUCUUUUCAAACGGAUGAGAAACAGCCUGUGCAAAUACUUGUGAUGACUACUUGUGGCUAGGGUGCAUAUAUGCAGAUAUAUAUUUGUAUUGAAUUGCUGCUUGGCAGGUUUAAGGGGCCACAAUGGAUUCAUUCAGGAUGGGCAACUGAGCUACAGUCGUUUAACAGCGUAACUGGCAGGUAAGAAUAGAACAUAUUUUAGCUCAGAGGCAGGCAACCUGUGGUUGGCUUCCAGUCCCAAUUUUUGCUGCGAGUUCCCAUAUCGUGCCUCUGAAUCUUGUAGACCGAAUGUGACAUUUGUCUGUUCAAGACUUAGGUAAAUGACUUGUGUAAAUUUACGGUCCUGGCCUUGGUGUUGUGCUCUUCUGUCAGUGACUGUGUGUCCAGGGAAAAAAAGCCAUC